GCCAGUGCCUAAAGUUUUUAUAUAAACUCGUUUUAAGGUAUUACACAGCAGAACAAUGUGGACCAAUUUAGUACCUGUCCUCGGAGCAGUUAUAUUUUUUAAUAUAAUAUCAAAUGAAGCAGUUGUCUUCAGGUUUAAGAAUUUCGAAUGCAAAACUUAUAACCAAUCGUGGUUCGUUUUCCAACACUGCCGUCUAAAGGCUGUUAGUCGUGAUAGGGUUUUGCUCAAUAUGAACGGAACUGUUCUUCACCCGGUCCAUAAUAUACAUCUCCAUGCCAAGAUGUUUAAAAGGGCCAGCGGUUUUAAGCCGUGGUUAUUGGACUCCACUAUAGAUGUCUGCAGGUUUGUGCGAAAGCACUACGAUCCAUUCAUAGGCAUCGUCUUUAAUAUUUUCAAAGAAUUUUCGAACUUUAAUCACACCUGUCCGUAUGUGGGUCCACAAGUUGUGAAAGAUUUUUAUCUGAGACCGGAACUAUUAAUUGUGCCCCUUCCAACUGGGGAGUACAUGUUGGCAAUGCAGUGGUACUUCGAUAAGAAGCUACAGUUCGAUACCAACGUUACUUUUGUUUUUGAGGAGGAUCUGCUCAAAAGGUCUUAGAAGGAACUAAAAAUAUUAUACAAAAUCCAUGGAGUGUUGAGUGACCAUAUUGAAUUACCACUGAAAUACACUUUCGUUUCAUAAAGUGAACACUCCGUUGGAAACAUUUACCUUCAAACAUGUGCGUAUCCACGGGGAGAUAGGGGGAUAAGUCCCCCCUCCUCCUACGGGUAAAAAGUAUAUUUAAUUUGUAUUUUAUUCCAAAUUUUUGAUUCCUACACAACAUAUUUUCUUUUAUAUCCACCCCACAAUCAAAGUUAGGUUCCGGCAUUGCCUUUAAAAAUACAAAAUUUUAUAAUUUAAAAUUGUAUUUUAAUAAUUAACAACAUUUAAACGC